AGCUCCUCACAGCAGGGUUUUCUGCGAGAUCGUGCCUAAGAUUUGACGUCACAACCCAAAAUACCGUGACCCAUAAUGCCUUGAAAGUUAAGAAAUGCUUGACAACCUUGGAAGAUGAGUAACAGAGUCCUUGGUCUCGCUGUAGUUAGUAAUUAUCGUUGUGUCCUUGGCUCCGCAAAAAAAUGUCGUACAAUUUCGUUGGAGAUCGAGACGGUGUUUACGAUCGAACCUCUCCGAUAGAAAUGACUCAAGUAAACCCACAGCCCGUGCAACCUGCAACGGAAAUACAGCCCCCAGACAUCGACGAUUUUUCGCACAUUACGCUUCAUCAGGCUGCAAGAGAUGGUAAAACUGAUGUCAUCAAGCAAAGACUUUCCAAACUUGCAUCGAAAAACCAAGCAAGAUUUCAAAAAUUAGUAAACAAGAGAGAUGAGGACAACACCACACCUUUACACUAUGCUGUACGAUAUGGACAGGUGGAGGUUGUCAAAUUGUUGGUAGAGCUAGGAGCAGUUAUUGACGUCCCUGGAGAAGAUGGAGCGUCUCCCUUGCAUUAUGCUGCAAGAUUCCGAGCAAACUUAUCUCGCCCAUCUGCCAGACAAGUGUCACAAGUGAUUGCUGGUGGGGAAAAUGGAACAGUUCCUGAUGGGGUAGUAGAAACUAAUAUAGGUGUUGUAGCUGCACCUCUGACACAUGCCAUCAGCUCCAAUAGUCUCGGAGAAGUGAACCAAGCUAUGUCACAGGUUCCUUCAGUGGAUGAAUCUCUAAUUCAGUUUUUUGUGAAUGAAUGCAAAGGAGAUGUAAAUGUUAAAGAUUCUUAUGGAAGCACCCCUCUUCAUUAUGCAGCAUCAAAAAGCAAUGUAACUGCUAUAAAAGAACUGUUGAAGUGUGAUGGGAUAAAUGUUGAUGCGGCAGAUGCCAGUGGAUCCACACCUCUUCAUUGUGCUGCCACUGAAGGUAAUGUAGAAAUUGUUGAGGCAUUACUGGAAGCAGGAUCUGAUCCGAGGGAAAAGGAUUAUGAGGGAAUGACACCAAUUCAUUUCGCCUGCACUGACGGGAAUCCAGAGACUGUUAAACUUCUAUUUGAGCAUGCAGAAAGAAAGCGCAAUCUACUUGAGAUGUUAGAGGACAGAAAUAGGGAAGGUGAAACAGCACUUCAUUCUGCAGUGGAAGGUGGCUACAUUGAUAUUGUUGAAAUUUGUUUGAAGAAAGGAGCAAAGGUGAAAGCAAGACGGGGUAACCUUGCACAGCCAUUACACAUUGCUGCCAUCAACGGAUAUGUUGACAUUGCAAAAUUAUUGGUUGCUCAUAAGGCCAAGAUUGAAGCAAGGAAUGUGAACCAUGAGACACCAUUACACAAGGCUGCUGCCUUUAAUAAGAUUUUUAUGGUGGCUUUUCUUCUUGAAAAAGGUGCUGAUAUUGAUUGCCUUGACAAGGAUAACUACACUCCGUUGUUGGUUGCUGCAUCAGAAGGACACACAGAUGUUGUGUCAAAACUGUUACGUGAAGGUGCAGAUUUACAAGUUAAAAACAUUCAUGAUAAAACUGCAAUCUUUUUGGCUGCUGAGGAAAACAGAGUUGACACCUUAAAGGUGAUCCUGGAGAAUGAAAACGCCAAAGCUUUGAUCAAUGAGAGUGAUAGGUAUGAAAACACUCCACUCCAUGUUGCUGCUAUGAAUGGCUAUGCUUCUGUUGUUCAGGCAUUGUUGGGUAAUAAAGCAAAGAUAAAUGCAAGAAAUGAAGAUGAGAACACCCCUCUGCAUCUGGCUGCAAAAAAUGGAAAAAUAAGGACUGUUCUCGAGCUGAUAAAUAGAGAUCGUAACGUUAUAAACGACCGAGAUGAAGCAUCAAACACAGCCCUUCACUUGGCAGCCAUAGAAGGUCACAUAAAGUGCUGCAACGCUCUGUUAGAAAAUGGAGCUGAAGUGGAUGCUAGGAACGCCACAUUGUGGACGCCCCUGGAUUGUGCAGCAGCUAAAGGUCACUUAAAAGUAGCAAACAUCCUGUUGGACUCUGAUUCACCUGUCGAUCCUAUUGAUAAGAUCAAGACCACACCUUUACAUUUGGCCGCAAAAGAGGGCCAUGCUGAUAUGGUGACACUCCUGCUGUCCAAAGGUGCUGACAUUACACUAACAGACCUGAGUGGAAGAAACUGCCUCGACUUAGCAGCAGAUCACAGCCGCAAGGAAGCAGCCAUGGCCAUUGUCAACGAUGAAAAUUGGAUCGAUGUUCUAAAGAACAAAUCAUGGGAACAGAGUCACGUCACCACUCCAUUGAGAAAACUGAUCAUUAAACUUCCUUCUGUUGCAGAAGCAGUCUUCAACCGUUGUGUCAAAGAAAGUAACCACCAUGUCGAAGACAAGAAGUACGAGUUGACAUUUUACUAUGGGUUUUUAGAAGAUAUCUUCUUGGACUGGUCAGAUGGGGAUGAUGCAGCUUCGGAGAAGUCCAGUGUAGCGAGCUUUUUAAUAGAAGACGUCGAAGAGAAUGAGGAGUUUCGAAAGAUUCAAGGGUCAGCUGGUGUGGUUGAAGCUGUGACUCAGUUGGAGAAGAAGGAUAGUCAUCCUCUUAUGAUUAUGGUGAAGAACAAACGUGAACAGUUGCUUGGCCAUCCUCUUGUCACGUUUCUGUUAGACUACAAAUGGAAGACGUUUGGCAGGUACAUUUAUUACUUCAAGCUGGCCCUCUAUUGCUUGUUCCUGUUGUUUUUGACUGGUUACACUGUUCACAUGACUGAGCAUGGCCCAGUUUGUGCCAAUGGAACUGUAGUUGACAAAGGGACUGCGGACGAGAGCUCUGCUCGUUACAUCUUGUGGAUAAGCGUCGGGCGUAUAGUGAUACUGGCGCUAGCAUCGAUGCAUAUUCUUUCUGAGUUGUUCCAACUCGUGUAUCAGCUCAGGCGGUAUUUCUCUUGGGAGAACCUUUUGGAGUGGGGUGUGUAUGCGCUAGCCAUUGUCAACGUAGCUGAUGAUUUUCAAGUGAAUUUAGUCAGGAGCUGUUCGAAGGCGAAAAAAACCAUCGGAGCCUUAUCAAUCUUUCUAGCUUGGAUGGCUUUGGUGUUAUUUAUCAGAAAGUUUCCAAAGCUUGGUAUUUACGUGGUGAUGUUUACAAGCAUUCUCUACACAUUCACGAAAUUCUUCAUGAUCUUUGUGCUGUUCCUCGUCGCCUUUGCGCUUUCGUUUUUUACGCUGUUCUAUGAUCCUCAGCAAAGCAUCCGUGCGUUUGGGGAGCCCGGCCGUGCUAUCGUGAAGACAGCAGUGAUGAUGAUUGGAGAGUUUGACUUCGACGACUUAUUCAACUCGCCAGACCAGGAUGUUCCUGAUGUCGCGUGGUUUAUUUUUAUUGUCUUCUUGAUUAUCAUGACUCUCAUCUUGAUGAACUUAUUGAUUGGUUUGGCUGUGGAUGACAUCAAAGGUGUCCAGGACCAGGCUGUACUCGAGCGCCAAGCCAUGUUGGUUGAUUUAGCAAUGGAUGUAGAAAAAGCUUUGCCCAGAAGAAUUCGGAAGCGGCUUGUACCAGAAACGGAAGUCGUUCGACCAAACCAGUAUGAAGGGUUCAUAGGUUACUGGUACAGUCCCCCCAUCUCUGCAAAGGAAGUCCAAGAAGCGUUGAAGCCGAACAAGUCGUCCCUUGAAGUGUUGUCAGACCGAACGGAUGAACUCCAAGAGUCUGUGUUAGGAAUGAGGAAUCGCUUGAAAACAAUGCAGUGUAACCUGGAGGGGUUACAUAAGAUGCUGGCGGGAGUCGUCAAGAAACUUGAUGCCAACGUCGAAGGAGACGACGAUGAAGACGAUAAGUUGUUUUAGUCCGUGACUUUUUGUGAUAAACUGUUCGCUCUU